AUCGCACGCGCCAGACACAAAGACAACCUUCCCUUCCCUUUGCCAUUCUGUCUUCGUUUCACGCCUUUGAAUAAUAGUCAAGCUUCUUUUUUUCAGCUUGCUUUAUAUUAUCUUUCUCCGAACUUUGAUUCUCUUUUCCUCCACGGCUUCGCUAGAAUCUCUCACAUUCCGCAAUGGGCAAGUUGACCAGCACGAUCGGUAUCCCGAUCAAGCUUCUUAAUGAGGCGCAGGGCCACGUCGUCACACUUGAGAUCACGUCCGGGGUUGUCUACCGUGGAAAACUCCUGGAGGCUGAGGACAACAUGAACGUCCAACUGAAGGAUAUCACGGUCACCGCGCGCGACGGCCGCGUGUCACAUCUCGACCAGGUGUACAUUCGGGGAAGCCAUGUGAAGUUUUUCAUUGUGCCGGAUAUGCUUAGGAACGCUCCCAUGUUCCGCUCACGAGGCCAGCGCGGUCGCGGUGUCGGUCUUGCUCGUGGUAAGGCCACGGUGCAGAGGGCGAGGGGACAGAGACGGGGUUAAAAAAACGAUAUGGAUACUAGUGGGUGGAUGGAUGGAUGGUGCGGCGUUACUAUUUUGUUUCUAUUCGAGUUGCUUUCUGUGUGUUCUCCUUUUUCGUAUCUAUAAACUUGUCUUGUCUCGUAUUGGCUUGGCUGUCU